AGGUGUUGAGAACGCUGUAAACAGCCACAGCCACGGGCCGCGUAGCGGGCAGGACAAGCACGAGAUACGAGAUACGAGAUACGAGGGGAGCCCUAGGGCACAUCCACAAUUACAGUGGGUCAGACGCCAUGCUAUACAGCAUAGUAGUAAGACAACAGCUGCUGCAAAUGGCUAGAGCCUAGAUCCGGCCCGCUAUUUUCAAAAGCCGGCCAAAGCACUGCCCCAAACCUAGCUAACUGAGAUCUCGGCCUUUCUUUUCCUCGUUUACUCACUCUCCUUGUUGCUGAUUCCCCUGUAUCAGUCCGUGUUUGAAAAGUCGGAAAACUCAUGCUGGGUUAAACUGUACUUAUUGAUUUCCACCUCUUGGGCUUCCUUAUUUGUGUGUCUCCUUGCUCUCCAAGUUAUUGUCAAGCUGCUGCUACUCAACGAACCAAUGGAUAGCUCUCAUUCUCCUGUCCCGGCUACUUCGGAUGACUUUGUUGUGAAGGGGUCUGGCGAGAAGCUCGAAACAACAGCCAGAACUAACAAAGAAGAUGGACGCGUCGACAUCACCUUUGCCGCCCCGCCAUACAGCGAAAUCGUCCCGCCUUCGCCUCCUCUUAGCACAGCACCUCCCCAGCCCGAGCCUCCGGCUUUUGCAGAGAUUGGUGACUCGGUGAUACGGCGCCCACAACUUCGCCAAUUUGCCUCAACACCUCCGUGUGCCUUGAACAUUGUCAUCCAGAUCGUCGGAAGCCGCGGUGAUGUGCAGCCCUUUAUUGCAUUGGGCAACGAGCUGCAGACACACGGCCAUCGCGUACGCAUCGCUACGCACGAUGUUUUUCGGGACUUUGUGCGCAAGUCCAAUCUGGAAUUCUUUCCCGUCGGAGGCGAUCCUUCCGACCUCAUGGCUUACAUGGUCAAGAACCCAGGCCUGAUGCCAUCCUUGUCAUCUCUACAAGCUGGAGACAUAGGAAGGAAGCGAGUCAUGGUGAAAGAAAUGCUCAACAACUUCUGGCGCUCGUGCAUCGAGCCUGACCCGGAUUCCAAGGUGCCCUUCAUUGCCGAGGCCAUCAUUGCCAACCCGCCCAGCUUUGCUCACAUGCACCUCGCCCAAGCCAUGGGCAUACCUCUUCACUUGAUGUUCACCAUGCCCUACAGCCCGACGAGAGAGUUUUCGCAUCCGCUCGCCAAUAUUCAGCAAUCCAACCUAAAACCCUCCACUACAAACUAUCUCUCUUACGGCAUGGUCGAGCUGCUGACCUGGCAAGGCCUCGGGGAUAUCAUCAACGACUGGAGACUCGAAACCUUGAACUUGGAACCUCUUACGGCCGUAGUCGCCACGAGCAUGUUGGAAACUCAGAAAGUCCCCUACACGUACUGUUGGUCACCAGCCUUGGUAGCGAAGCCAUCAGAUUGGCCAAGCCACAUCGAUGUCUGUGGAUUCUUCUUUCGCGAGGAGCCUCAAUACACUCCUCCCGAUGACAUUGCCAACUUUCUUCAGGGAGGGUCUCAACCCAUCUAUAUCGGCUUUGGCAGUAUUGUGAUGGAGAACGCCGAGGCGAUGACCGACAUCAUUCUCUCGUCGAUACGUAAAUGCGGUGUACGAGCCAUCAUUUCCAAGGGGUGGAGUAAUCUCGGAAAGGACAGACAAGACGAGAAUGCCAUUUUCAUCGGCGAUUGUCCCCAUGAAUGGCUCUUCAAACACGUUGCGGGUGUCAUUCAUCAUGGAGGUGCUGGGACGACCGCAUGCGGACUGCUUAAUGGGUGUCCUACGUUCAUUGUACCCUUCUUCGGCGAUCAACCAUUUUGGGGUCAAAUGGUCGCAGCAGCUGGUGCCGGCCCCCAGCCAGUCGGGCAGAAGGCCCUGGACGAGUCUACCCUGGUGGCAGCCAUUCAAACCCUCCUUGCACCCGAUACGAAGAUUGCCGCAAAGCGUAUCUCGGACAAGAUGAAGGCAGAAGACGGCGUCAAGCGGGCUGUGCAGUCGUUCCAUCGAAGUCUCCCCCGCGAGACAAUGACUUGCGACUUUUUACCUGAAGAGUACGCAGUUUGGACCUAUAAGUCAAAGCUUCUUCAGAAGAAGCAAAGGAAAAAGUAUCAAAACGGACUCCAGGUCUCUUCGAAGGCCGUCCGGAUUCUGAGCAACAACAACAACCUCAACUUGACAAAGCUUGAACUGAAUCAACCGAAACCAGUAGACAUUGAUAAUAGACGAUGGGAUCCAUUAACCGCUACAUCGUCUGCACUAGUGGGGUCCUUGGUUGACUUCUCCACCGGCAUGGGUAGCCUUGUGUCGGCGCCCAUCAAGAAGAUCAGACAUGAAACAGGCAAAAAAGCUGGAGGAGGGGAUGCAGCCCCAAGCGGGACGGAUGCGACGAAUUCGACAUCCGCGAGCGAUGGUUCGCUGUCAAAGCACUCGGGUGCCGGGAAGUCAGCAAAGACGGGUUCAUCCAAAGUGGCCAGGAGUCUUAUCAAAGGCACCCUCGUUGAUGUCCCUUGCGCUAUUACUGAAGGACUGCACAACAUUCCUGAACUAUAUGGAGAAAAGGUUCGAAAGCACGACAAGAUUACCGACUGGAAGAGUGGCGCUUCCGAAGCUGGCAAGAAUUUUGCUUAUGGCUUUCUUGAUGCCACCUGGUGUCUUUUCAAGCAACCUGUCGAGGACACCAUGAAAAGGGGCCCGAUAGGGUUGGUUACUGGUCUAGGAAAGGCGGGAAUGGGGUUGAUUGCUAAGCCUGGCAGUGCGAUGUUCGGGCUUCUGGCGUACCCUGCCCUGGGCAUCUACAGGAGUCUUGCUGGUUCCCUUUCCAAGACGGAAAAGCAGAUCAUGGAGGCAAGACUGGCCCAUGAUGCUUAUUUCGCCAACUUGGAACCGAUCACGGAUGAAGAGAUGAAUCGCGUUCUAGGGCAGUGGAAGGCCAAAUAAGCAAUAUAUACGACUACGUAUGGCAGAUGGCAGGACCCUUUCGCGUCCACCAAUCUGUCAACAGCAUUCUCUGGCAUUUUCCUUAUAGUGUACUCUAGAACUUGUAGAAAUGCUCAUUGACAUUGAGCUUCUGUCUUUGAGAAAUGUAUUCCAUGGAAUGUGUCUGUGGUCUUGCAUCCAUCUUCCUGGGAAGAGUCGGUCGCGUCAGUACAUGAAAGUGUCGUGCAGACACAAAGCUAUAUGUCGGGCUGCCGGAUACAGGGCGG